AUAGUCUUACUGCAGGAGUAUCAGGGGUAAUAAACUGGAGGGUGGACGUGCCCCCUCUCCUCUCCUCUCCUCUCCUCUCCUCUCUCGCCUCCUCCGCAGUGCACUUGCAGCUGAGCAGCAGUCCGGACAGGACGGUCUCCUCCUCCUCUUCUUGUUCUUCUUCUUCUUUUUCUUCCUCUUCUUCUCUCAGUGUGUAUAGCGGUCGGCGGUAUCGAGGGGGGUGCAACAACAGCAGUCGCAUCUGACUCCAGCUCAGAGGUCCCGGACAGACGCGUGAUGGUGCGGACUCAUUGAUAAAAAAAAAAGAAAAAGAAAAAAAAAAUCUGUGCUGCUGGGAUUAAAAUGAGCUCUCCCGCUGAGCGGCUCUCCUCCUCCUCCACAUAGCGCUGCCUUCUCUGCACAAGAUCUGUUUUGUGUGACUCCAGCAGGCGACGCAGGAUGACUACUACCUUAUCGCUCGUGAUUUUGUGCGCUUUGGUGGCGUUAGUGUUGGCGUCUAAGACGGAGCGGGCGGUGUCGGUCCUCUGCGACUCCGGCCAGUACACCCACAGUGGAGAAUGCUGCAAGGAGUGUCCACCUGGAGAGGGCGUGGUGAAGAAAUGUGGUGCUACUCAGACCGUCUGCGCCCAGUGUUUGGACAGUGAGACCUUCUCAGAGAACUACAGUCACACAGAGGAGUGCAGGCCAUGCACACAAUGUACCGGUCUGAUGCGGCUGGAGACGCCCUGCACCGACUCCAACGACGCCACCUGCAUCUGCAACUACAACUUCUUCUUCAACACCAUGUCUGGCCGCUGCGAGCCCUGCACGGUGUGCCCUGUAGGACAGGGCGUGUACUCUCACUGCGAGCACAAUCACGACACGGUGUGUGAGGAGUGCAUGGAUGAUACCUACUCUGACCGGGAGAGCUCCCUCGAACCCUGCCUGCCCUGUGCCAUCUGCGAUGAGGAAACGGAAACACAGCUGGCUGAGUGCACGCCGAUGCGCGACUCUGUCUGUUACAAUCCUAACCUACCUACAGAUAUGCCUACCACCUCUGAUAUGGGUCCAUCUCCAUCCUCCUUCACAUAUUUCCUCCCAGAUGGCUCCAACAGCCCGAUGCCAGGUGGAGAGACGACCACGUCAAGCGCCGGCUCGCCUCGCUUCCUCGGCCACGGCCUCAACGAAAACCUCAUCCCUAUCUACUGCUCCAUCCUGGCUGCUGUGGUGGUGGGCCUGGUGGCUUAUAUUGUUUUUAAGAGGUGGAAUAGCUGCAAGCAGAACAAGCAGGCAGCUAAUAACCGAGCGGCUACAAACAACCAGAUGGUGACACCGGAGGGAGAGAAGCUGCACAGCGACAGCGGCAUCUCUGUGGACAGUCAGAGUCUGCAGGAGCAGCAGCAGCAACAGCAGCAGCAGCAGCAGCAGGCUCAGGCUGAAGUCCAGACUCAGCCCUCACACUCACACACACAGGAACAGAUAGUGGUGAGGGUGGAUGGUGGCCCCCAGCCUGACUCGCCUCCCCCUGAAGUCUGAGGUGGAAGAGGAGGAGGAGGUGGAGGAAGAGGAGGUGUCACAGUUGAAGACAGGGAGAGGAAAGCGGGGGACCUGAACCAUGGACCAAAAAGAAAGCAGCGGGGGGAGGCCACACAGAGAAUGUAAAACUGGACUCCGAUUCGUAUCUAAAGUGGCCCGCAGAGCAAAGACUUGACUUGCAUGGACCUCCCAGCACCUUUGGGCGACAGUCUGACUCUUCAUCCCUGCAUAUAGAGUCCAACUCUAUCUAUCUAUCAGUGUGCCUGGACACAACCUCUAUGGCAAUAUCAGUCACUAUCUGUACCAAUGUCACUGCAGAUACAUUAUCGUAGAUAUGCCAGUGCAUCUCCUAUUAACUGAGUACUCCAGUAUCUAAUGUUGACAUAUGACAAUUUUCACUAACUGCCAGCUUUUCCUCUGCCCCUCUCUAAGCUUCCCAUUUUCCCUCUAAUUCCACGUUCACUUGCCAUGAAAUGUAUGUGCCUAAAAGGUAAAUAGGCAGAAAGGUACUCCAUUAUCUCUUCUCUAUUCUCUGUGCAUCAAAGUGACCUGGGGCAGCCUUUUUUUUCCUCUCACAUUCUCCUCUGUGGCAUCCCACUCUCAGAUAAUCCUCUCUCCGUAGGAUUCACUCUAUUAGACCCCCGCCGUCAUCUGCGAUACAAAAAGCAGCAGGGGAGCUGUGAGUCACUCCCAACUUCUUCUGAAGUUUCUUGUUCUUUUAUCAUUUAACCACAGACGUGUUUCAUGGCAUGCCGUCUUGUAAAAUGUUUGCGUCAUUGUUUGAGAUUGGCUGCGGCCGACUGAUGCAGGUGACUCAUAUUUGGGAAGAAAGGUCAAUUACCGUGUAGCCCGUUCGGUAAUCAAUCAUUUUUCCUCAGUGAGAUGCUUCUUCCUGCACUCCACAGCCUCUGUCCCCCCUGUGACACAGACCCUGUCACAGCGCCUUCAGGGUUUGUGUUUCAGUAAUUUCAUGCUUAUAAUGUAACACACCCAAAUGUUUGUCUCCUGUUUGUGGUGCAUUACUUUCAUUUUGUGGCUUGAGUUACACGGCUGAUUCAGCAGGGUGCCUCCACAGUCCUCUGUGGAGCCUGGAUCUGCAACAUGAGAGAAACUUCUGCGGAUGGUGGGGCUCUGCUGACUCACUGUGAUGAGCUGACAUGUCUACGGGGGAAGUGAAGCUGUCCCAUGAGCAGAAAAAGAAGCUGUGGCGUCAUCAGUGACCCAGCAUACUGAGCUGCUCAUUAAACCGAUGCUUUAAUGAAUUUGGGACUGAAAAAAAUGAGCAAAAGGAAUCCCAUCUAUCAUAAUUUACACUCACUGAGCGGAAAAUUGGGACACCCCUCAGAGGCUAACUCUCUUUUUACUACCCGCACCCCCUCCACAUUCACACUCUUGCAAAUCUUGCGUACAGCUCUGACUGCAUUAGAGCCAGAUAAACAGUGCUGGGGCGCUAAUGCACCGUCACUGGCGCUCACGUCAACACGGGGCCCAUUAGAGAGACUUCCUGACAGGCAGGUAGUAAUUACCUCAGGGUUUCAGCUUCAUUUAGCCUCUGUUCCACUCAGCUCAGCCACCUCUCAUCUGGAUUAACGCUGCGGACAACAGAGGGGCGACAUGGCCGCCUUUGAAGCCUCAACAUUACAGAUCCCUUAUCCACAUCCAAGACCGCUGACAUUUACUAUACCGCCAUGGCGAUAUAAAAGCACUUAGUCCACACUCACUUCUAAGGCUGGGUGACACCUUUUAUCACGCAGGACCACUUUUAUGUUGCCCCCACCUGCUGCUUGCAGUAACUGUAAAAGCAGUUGACACAGAUACAUUGUAAAAGAAGUAUACUGUAGCUGAGCUUGACUGCGCUACUUUAGCAUUCAUUCCUACAGGGGCACGUACCUUCUCAGGGUCCCUCUUGUUGUGGUAAAGACUAAAAAUUGUCAAGAGAUCUGUAGAGGAUUUCUGUAAACAAUCUGUAGAUGAUUCUGUAGAUGUAUGAUAGAGUAGGUAGGUACACAGGUAUAAAGCAGCUGUUAGGUUCAAAAUUGAGACGCUAAUGAAUUUAAAGGAAUUUAAAUGGAUAGUUUGAUGUUAAUGCGUUUAUUUGCUUCCUUGCUGAGAGUUAGAUGAGAAGAUUGAUACCACUCUCAUGUCUGUACUGUACAUAUAAAGCUCCUGCCAGCAGCUGGUUAGCUUAGCUUAGCUUAGCAUAAAGACUGGAAACAGGGGGAAACAGCUAGCCUUUCUCUGUCCAAAGGUAACAAAAUCUGCAUACCAGCAAAUCUAAAGUUCAAAAAUAAACAUGUUAUAUCUUGUUUGUUUAAGACAAAAACUAAAAUGUAAAACGCGAGUUCAUAUGCCGCAGCGUAACCCGUAGACGAGUUGUAUCGAUUGUCUCAUCUAACUCUAAGAAAGCAGUACACAAACUAUUCCUUCAAAGGAGAUGUAAGCUGUGUUUCCUUGUCAGUAGAGCUUAUAGAGUUCAGUGAGCAAUAGUUAGAUAAGAAAUGUCAGUCAGAGAGUGGAAGACAAAGAAAGUGAGUCAUUAUAUCCUGUGUGGUGCUGCACGCAUGGGUCACAUGGUCACCUCAAGACAAUUAAACUUUCUCGUCUCUUCACAUGUGAUUCAUUCUUUAUCACUGCAGCGAUAUGAAUGGAGACAAAUAAAACUGCUGUAUUUUGCUCUCAGCUCCUGAGCAUGUGGUGUGGACAUGUGACCACACACACACUCACACACAACUACAGUGGAUGAUUCACUCCUCUAUUGAGAGAGCCGGUAUGAUUCAUCCUGAUCCUAGCUGUGGCAGUGGCAUUAAAGCAGGCACUGCUACAGUAAGAGUGACCGGUGUUGAUUUAAAGGGAAAAAAAGCCCAACAUACUCCUCGUCUCCCUCUGCCUCUGAGACUCAAUCAGCCCUCCAGCAGCGCACUCAUCUACCAACUUCUUCUCCCUCUCUAGCAGCUUGUGAAGUGAGACACACAAUGUAAGAAUGUACAACCCCAACAUAAAACAGAGAAAUAUGCAAGACACAUUCAAGGAUAAGGUUUAAGUUUGCCCUCAUUCUGUUGUUGUGAAUUGUUUUUGUCUUUACACUUUCCUGUUUGUUUAUAUUAUGACUAGUAUUACACUUUUGGGGAUCAGUAUUUUUUCUAACUGAUAUGUUAUUUUGUAGCACUUAUUAGAUGUAAUAUGAAUGCACUCAAAGAGUGUACCACAGUUCAAGUGCCUGUGUACAGUGUCGGGUCUUUAAGUUCAGAUGUUUGAUUAUAUUUUUGACAUUUUUUUUCCACUUAUUUUAUGUUUUUAUGUGGAUUUCGUUGAUAUUUUGAGAGCUAAUGAAGGUUUUUAGUUAAUAGAAGUCAAAGCUACAGAUGAACCAUGGAGACGCAAACAAACUGUAUAAACCUGGCACCAAUAUAGAGACACUUACAGUACAAAUAGGUUGCCAAUGAACUCAUACUGUAUGUUAACAUGCUAUAAAUACUGGCGACUAAAAGGGUCAUGUAGCAUUAUGAAAACAUAUACAUGUCACCUGAGACUUCUACUCUAAAACUCACUUAUGCUAUUAGUCAAUAGAACUCAGCUCUACUGUGCAGAUGUUUUGCAUGUACAGUAAGUUUCAUCAUGUACCUCCAUUUCAGAGGCGACAGGACAUGUAAUGUGCAGUAACACAAAACCUAUGGGGAGGUGCACUGUGAUUCUCUGUGAUAUUAUUACAACAGACUCGAUACAGGUAGAUCAGGACCUGCUCCCGAAGAAGCUGAAUGUCACCUGUACUUACCUACUAAUGUAAAAUGCAUUGUGUAAAUGUGAAUUUCUUAGAGUUGAUACAAGAUACAGAAAUACACUAUAAAAUGUACAAAAACAAAAAUGUGUGCAAAUGUAAUGAACAUCUAUAAUACAAUAAACAGAGAUGUCAUUGCAUAA